CAAUGGGGAGGCAGCCGUUCACCCGUUCCUCUUUGCGGCCCCCUUUCCUGCCAUCUUCCUGAGGCUCAGAUACCCAGCCCCGCAGCCGAGCCCAGGGCGGUAUGCCGAGGCAGGAUGAGUGCGAAAGAUGCCGGCGGUGCAGCUUGCCCCGAGAAGGCGGCCUACACUCUUCAUAUUUACCCCCAGCUCUCGGCCGAAAGCGCCUCCUGCUGCCGCGUGACGGCAACCAAAGACGCCACCACCGCCGACGUCAUCCGGGACGUCAUCGGCUCCCUGAGCCUGGACGUCUCUAAGCACUACGUGCUGGUGGAGGUGAAGGAGUCGGGCGGGGAGGAGUGGGUGCUGGACGGGAACGACGCCCCGGUGCACAGGGUCCUGCUGUGGCCCCGGCGGGCGCAGGACGAGCACCCCCGGCAGGACGGCUACUACUUCCUGCUGCAGGAGAGGAACACGGACGGCAGCAUCAAGUACGUCCACCUGCAGCUGGCCUCCGGGGAGGACGAGGGGCGGGAGGAGGCGCGGCGGCUGGUCGAGCGAGGCUUCCUCCCCUGGCUGCAGGAGGACGUCAACGACCUGUGCAACCUGCCCAACCUGACGGAGGCCACGCUGCUGGAGAACCUCAAGCGGCGCUUCCUGAAGCAGAAGAUCUACACCUACGCCGGCAGCAUCCUCAUCGCCAUCAACCCCUUCAAGUUCCUGCCCAUCUACAACCCCAAGUACGUCCAGAUGUACGAGAGCCACCAGUUGGGCAAGCUGGAGCCCCACAUCUUUGCCAUCGCCGACGUGGCCUACCACACCAUGCUGAAGAAGCACGUCAACCAGUGCAUCGUCAUCUCCGGGGAGAGCGGCUCCGGCAAGACGCAGAGCACCAACUUCCUGAUCCACUGCCUCACCGCCCUCAGCCAGAAGGGCUACGCCAGCGGGGUGGAGAGGACCAUUCUGGGGGCUGGACCGGUGCUGGAGGCCUUUGGAAACGCAAAGACAGCCCACAACAACAAUUCCAGCCGGUUUGGGAAAUUCAUCCAGGUCAACUAUUUGGAGAACGGCAUUGUCCGGGGGGCUGUGGUUGAAAAGUACCUGCUCGAAAAAUCUCGCUUGGUGUCCCGGGAAAAGAACGAAAGGAACUACCAUGUGUUCUACUAUUUGCUGCUCGGCGUCAGCGAGGAGGAGCGUCAGGAAUUCCACCUCAAGCAACCCGAAGACUAUUUCUACCUCAACCAGCAUAACUUGAAAAUUGAAGAUGGGGAAGACCUCAAGCACGACUUUGAACGGUUAAAGCAAGCCAUGGAGAUGGUCGGCUUCCUUCCGGCGACCAAAAAGCAGAUUUUUUCAGUCCUGUCUGCUAUUCUGUACCUGGGGAACGUCACCUACAAGAAGCGGGCGGCAGGUCGGGACGAGGGCCUGGAGGUCGGACCCCCCGAAGUGCUGGACAUUCUCUCCCAGCUCCUGAAGGUGAAACGUGAAAUCUUGGUGGAAGUAUUAACGAAAAGAAAAACUGUGACGGUGAACGACAAGCUGAUCCUGCCCUACAGCCUCAGCGAGGCCGUCACGGCUCGCGACUCCAUGGCCAAGUCUCUCUAUAGUGCCCUUUUCGACUGGAUCGUUCUGCGAAUUAACCACGCACUCCUCAACAAGAAGGACAUGGAGGAAUCUGUGGUGUGCUUUUCCAUCGGGGUGCUCGACAUCUUUGGCUUUGAGGACUUCAACACCAACAGCUUCGAGCAGUUCUGCAUAAACUACGCCAACGAGCAGCUGCAGUAUUAUUUCAACCAGCACAUCUUCAAGCUCGAACAGGAAGAGUACCAGAGCGAAGGGAUCGCGUGGCACAACAUUGACUAUACCGACAACGUGGCCUGCAUCCACCUCAUCAGCAAGAAGCCCACCGGCCUCUUCUACCUGCUGGACGAGGAAAGCAACUUCCCGCACGCCACCAGCCAGACCCUCCUUGCCAAGUUCAAGCAGCAGCACGAGGACAACAAGUUCUUCAUUGGGACGCCCGUCCUGGAGCCGGCCUUCAUCAUCCAGCACUUUGCAGGCAAAGUGAAGUACCAGAUAAAGGAUUUCCGGGAGAAGAACAUGGAUUACAUGCGGCCCGACAUCGUCGCCUUGCUGCGGAGCAGCGACAGCGCUUACGUCCGGGAACUCAUUGGGAUGGACCCCGUGGCCGUCUUCCGGUGGGCCACGCUCCGAGCCGCCAUCCGAGCCAUGGCCGUUUUUGCGGAGGGCGGCCGCCAGAGAGCCCAGAAAAUGGCAGGCGUGGUCCGCCACGGACCCAGAGUACCCCUGGGCGAACUGCAGCAAGCCAACACCCCAAUCGAGAGAGUUUAUCGCUGCUCAGUGCUUGAUUUCUCCUUUGAUUGCUCUGAGGAGUUUGAUAUAAACGCUUUUGAGGACAUCUUUGCUUCAUACGGAAGCAAGAAGGACUUGCAUGAGCAAAUAGUCAGGACUAUCAAGGCCCUGCCCUGGCAGGGCGAAGAUCCCCGCAAGCUCCUUCAAUCGCUCAGCCGGCUCCAGAGGCCCACUUGCCACUUCCUGAAGAGCAGAGGCCCGAAGCAAAAACAGGCCAUCCCAAAGAACCUGCUGGACUCCAAGUCCCUGAAGCUCAUUGUGAGCAUGACGUUGCACGACCGGACCACCAAGUCCCUCCUGCACCUGCAUAAGAAGAAGAAGCCGCCCAGCAUCAGCGCUCAGUUCCAGACCUCUCUCAACAAGCUCCUGGAGACCCUGGGGAAAGCCGAGCCCUUCUUCAUCCGCUGCAUCCGCUCCAACUCGGAAAAGAGGGAGCUCCUUUUCGACGAGCGCCUCGUCCUCCAGCAGCUCAGGUACACAGGGAUGCUGGAAACCGUGAGAAUCCGCCAGUCCGGCUACAGUGCCAAGUUCACCUUCCAGGAUUUUGUUGACCAGUUCCAAGUCCUGCUGCCCAAGAGUGCCAAAGCCUGUAAGGAGGAGAUCGCGGCCUUGUUGACGAAGCUGCAGCUGGGUGCCGGCAGCUACCAGAUCGGGAAGACCAAGGUGUUCAUGAAGGAGGCCGUGCGGCAGGUGCUGCAGGACACCCUCCACAAGGAAGUCAUCCGCAAGAUCAUCGUCCUCCAGAGCUGGCUGCGGAUGGUGCUGGAGAGGAGGCGCUUCUUGCGGGCUCAGCAGGCGGCCGUCACCUUGCAGGCUUGCUGGCGUUCCUACCGUGUCCGGAGGGCGCUGGAGAGGGAGAACGCAGCCCUCUACAUCCAAUCGGUGUGGCGCGGGUACCGGGAGCGGAAGUCUUACGGCCGGCAGAAGGCGAGGAUUUGCCUUGUUCAGGCUCUGGUCCGAGGACACCUGCAGCGCAAGAGAUUUCAUCAAAUGAUUGCCGACAAAAAGCGGGAGGAAGAAGCAGUCGCGCAGGCUCUUGUGGAGCGGCAGCAGCAGCAGGUGAACGGGCUACACCAGCCAGAGGAGCACGUCUCAAGCCAGGCUCCGGCAGAGUCCACGGAGGCGUCCCUGGACCAGACAGGCGAGGCUGAGGCCGAGGAAGGAGCCGGGAGCAGCGGCGACAGCAGGGGCCAGUCCCCUCCACUCUCCCAAAAAGGUCUGGCCAGCAGCCGGGAGAAGCGGGCGUUCCGCCGGCAGAGGGGCCUGGAGCACAACGAGCUGCAGAGCAAGCAUGUUGCUUUCUCGGUGGAUGACCCCCGCAGCAGUGGGGAAGGCGGCCCGUCCAAGGGGGAAGGGGGCCACACGCCUGAGCGGCCCAGAGCAGAAGGGGAGCAGGAGGCGGGGGUCUCCCCUCAAGCGCAUCCUGGCAGCGUGCCGGGAGAGAGAGCUCCAGGCGGCAAGGAGGACCGGCUUCCUGUGGACGGUGGCAUUCCGGCCCCUGCACUGAAGCAAGAGGACAGAGCUGGGGCGAAAGAGGACUCCAAUGGGCUGGGGAGGCAGGAUAGCCCCAAAAUCCGCAUCAGCCAGAGCUUCACGUACCCCGAGAGGCCCACGGAUCUGGCCCUCGUCCACCCUGGCGGCCUGGCCAGCAGCUGGAGCUUCCGGAGCCCGGCCGACAAAGGCCGGCGGGCGUCUCAGAAGGAGCUGGACAGCCCCCCUUCCUUCCACAUCCAGCGGUACCAGGAUGACCCCGGGAAGCUGCGGGACAAGCGGGAGAGGUGGAAGGGGAAGAGGCGGCUGGCCGGAGGCGGGCAGAGCGACGGGCUGAGCCAGUCCUUGGACGAGAGGAGGCAGCCGGCCCGGACUCCCUCCCCGCAGCUCAGGAAAAAGGAGACGGCGUCUUCCUUGGACGACAUUCCCAGGCUCGCUGUCCCCACCCAGAACGUGCUGGAAGGUGACCAGAACGACAAGAAGCCUCUCACACCACCCAGGCAGGCCCAGGAGCUGCUUCCUCCUCCCGUCCUGGACGCAGCCAGCCCCACAGCCACCUCUGCCCAGCAGGUGGACGGCAGGUCUGCCUUCAAGAGCCCCCUGUGGAAAUUCUUUGGGCCAAAGCCAGAGAGGAAGAACCUCAAGGAGAGUCCCAACGUGUCGGACGAGGGCGAGAGUUUCCAGCUCUUGGCCUGCGUGCUACCCAUGGAGGGGCCAGCGCAGAGGGCGGCAGAAGCUCCCUCCGGGCCUCCUGACCACCCCUCUGGGGAGGAGCGCCAAGCCAAAGAAGGGGGCAAGGCGAAGAGAAGCCGCACCCUGAAGAUCAGGAAAGUGAAGACAGCGCCCGAGAAGUGGCGUGCGCCGUUCCUGAGGGAUAUCACCAACGCCAACGAGCUGAAGUACUUGGACGAAUUUCUUCUGAACAAGAUAAACGAUCUCCAUUCGCAAAAGUCCGCCAUCGAGUGCUUGUUUUUCGAAGCCACCGAGAAGUUCCGUGGCAACAUAAAGACGAUGUACUCCACCCCCAACGGGCAGAUCCACGUCGGCUACCAAGACUUGAUGGAGAACUACCAGCUGCUUGUGGUCAACAUGGCGAAGCAGAGGGAGGAGAAGGAGGUCAAGCUGGUCCUCAACCUCUUCCAGUCCCUCCUCGACGAGUUUGCCCGCAGCUACGCCAAGAAGGAAGACCUGGGGCCAGCUAAGCAGAGCAAGGCUCAGAAGAAGAAGCGGAAACAGGAGCGCGUGAUCGAAGAGCUGAACGGACACAUGUUUGGGAGCUACCAGGUGAACAUCCUGCAGUCGUGUGAGCAGUGCUGCUCCUACAUCUGGCCCAUGGAGAAGGCCUGUCUCUGCCGCAUCUGCAAGCUGACCUGCCACAAGAAGUGCCUUUGCAAGAUCCAGAGCGGAUGCAUGUCCUCGGCUGCAAAGAAGGGCGACCAUGACCUGGAGCCCCGCCACUUUGGGGUGGGUGUCGGCGCCCUGACCAGCGAGAAGAACUCCGUCCCUGUCGUCAUGGAGAAGCUGCUGGAGUACGUGGAGAUGCACGGCCUCUACACGGAAGGCAUCUACCGGAAGUCGGGCUCAGCCAACCGCAUGCGGGAGCUGCGGCAGGCCCUUCAGGCGGACCCAAACUCGGUGCGGCUGGAGAAUUACCCCAUCCAUACCAUCACCGGGAUCUUCAAGCAGUGGCUGAGGGAGCUUCCCGACCCCCUCAUGACCUUUGCCCAGUACCACGAUUUCCUGCGGGCUGUGGAGCUCCCGGGGAAACAGGAACAGCUCUGCACCAUCUACAGCGUCCUGGAGCAGCUCCCGCAGGCCCACCACGACACUCUGGAGCGACUGGUCUUCCACCUGGUCAAGGUCGCCCUAGUGGAGGACUUCAACCGCAUGUCUCCCAACGCCCUGGCCAUCGUCUUCGCCCCUUGCCUCUUGCGCUGCCCCGACACCUCGGACCCCCUCACCAGCAUGAAGGACGUCUCAAAAACCACCAUUUGCGUGGAGAUGAUCAUCAAGGAGCAGAUGCGGAAGUACAAGGUGAAGAUGGAUGAGAUCUGCCAGCUGGAGGCAGCUGAGAGCAUUGCCUUCCGACGGCUCUCCUUGCUGCGGCAGAACUCGCUAUGGCCUGUAAAACUUGGGUUUUCCUCUCCCCGCAAGGGAGCGCCGAGCAAAGGCUCCCCAGAGGCUGGGUCAGACGACGGCACUGCGCCAAAACUGGGCGCUAUCCCGGAGGGAGAGGAGACCGACAACCGGGAAAAAGAGCUGUUGAUUGAGAGGAUCCAGUCGAUCAAGGAGGAGAAGGAAGACAUCACCUACCGAUUGCCAGAGCUGGACCAGAGGGGCUCCGACGAGGAAAACCUGGACUCAGAGACGUCGGCCAGCACCGAGAGCCUGCUGGAGGAGCGAGGGGGCCGCCCGGACCCCGACAGCCAGUAUUAAGGAAGCAGUGAGCCCCUUGCGCCCGGUGCCUCCCCCCACCUGCCAAAGACGCAGCCGGAUCGCCAAGCACCCUGGUCUUCCCUGCCGGGGCAAGGCUGCCCCCUCU